CAAUAAAUCCAUAGAAUUGUCCUCUGGUUGUAGGCAGAAGUCAAUGUCCUCGUUUACACCAUGUAAGACUAUCGCCAUUUCUACUCUUUACUGUAUGCAGACACUUAACAAUUCAACCGUGUCCAACCCUCCCCUCCCCUUGUCCUCUGCUGAUGUGACCUCAGUGGUGACAGAGAGAGUCCCUGUCUAUUCCCCCCCCGGAUCUUUGGCAGCAUUGAACAGACCAAUCAAUGCAACAGCAACAUUAAAUAACUCCACAUCCAGUCGGAGAGAACCCACUGAACACAGAGAGCUAAUUUUGGAGCCAAGCGGCCUUCAAACAACCACCUGCUUGUGUCUCUCACUGAGCUGCAGACUCCGGGGGUGAAGGGACAGUGGACAUAGACAGCAGGAGUAGUGUUGGGGUCUGUUGGAGGAGCGCUCUGUGUCCGGGGAGAAUGUCAGGGAGUAACCAGCCACAGGACCUAGUGCUUAUUAAAGAACUAGAGCUCAUCUUGGAUUCCUGCAAGCUGGAGCUCACACCAGUGGAUGAAGUCUGGCCCAACCUGUACAUAGGAAAUGUGGCUGUAGCACAGAAUAGAAAGACAUUACAUAAGCUUGGCAUCACUCAUGUCCUGAAUGUAGCACACUCAAAGCAGGGCAGCAUCGGUGACCAGAGCUUUUAUGGGAACACCUGCAUUUACUUUGGCAUCCCAGCAGAGGAUUCAGAGCGCUUUGACCUCAGUCUGUACUUUAAACCCGCAGCUGACUUCAUACAUAAAGCCCUGAAGAGCAAAGACGCAAAAGUGCUGGUGCAUUGCAUCAUGGGCAUGAGUCGAUCGGCCACUUUGGUCCUGGCAUACUUGAUGCUGCGGCAGCGUCUCCCACUGAGAGAUGCCCUGAGGCGUGUCAUCCAAAAACGAGCCAUUUACCCCAACCAGAAUUUCCUGUCCCUCCUCCUCAAGCUUGACGAACAGCUGACACUCAAACGGAGGUUGUGUCCUCUUCUCUGA